AUGCCCGUAUUCUCAAAUCCGCAAUCUACCUCCCAUGAUCCCCACAAUUCAGCCGAUAAGUGUGCUUGUGUAGACGGCACAUGUCACGAUCCAACCCACAAACAUAACGCAGAAGGACAGAAGAGGGGCGAUUUAAUUAAGAAAGAACAAAUCGUACAAAAGAGAAAUCAGAGACAAUCACUUACCACCGAAAUAUCGAACGUAAGGUUAUGGCCGAGUACCACCUGCUCAUUGUAUUCGGGUUCGAGGUUCAAAGGAGAGCAGCGAAGUGGGAGAAGUAGUUAUGAGGUGGCUGUACAUAUUCAGCACGUAAACCUUGCAGAAUCUUCUCUUUGUGGGUAUCUCCAUAUCAAAGGUCUUACCGAGGAUUAUCCCGAAUUGACUACAUUCUUUGAAGCCGAGAUUAUCGGAAGGAAACAUAGUUUUCUAACAAAGAAGUGGGAUGCCAAUGAUCACAUUGAUAUCCAACAUUGGUAUAUAGUUAAAAACUAUAAAUUAUUACGUGUUUUAAAAUUGCGCGCGUAUUCUGUUCUCGAAGGAGACCGUAUCGUGCUCGCGGCUCAUGAGCUCAACGAAGCAUGGCGUCUGGAACUCGAAAGAAGAAAGAUAGAGCUUGAAGCUCUCCGACUCGAG